UAACACUAUCAUAACGUUUGCUUACUUUGAUAAUGCUAUUUGAGUGACAACCUCGUCUCACUUGAGGAAAAUUAUUGUUUUAAAAUUAAUAUUGUUAAUUCAUUGUAUUGAAUAGACAAAAUGAGCGAUGAGAGAGUGCAUUUUGUUGGUGGCGAUGGUAGUGUUCAUGUGACUGACUACGUGGAAGGAGGUGGUGGUGUCCACAUAGUCGACGGAGAUUAUGGAGGGGGAGUCCACGUAGUUGACGGACAAUAUGGAGGAGGGGUACACGUGGUUGACGGUCAAUACGGUGGAGGAGUGAACUUCGUGGAUGGCGAUGGGAGUGCCGUUCAUGUGGUCGAUGGCCAAUACGGCGGCGGAGUCAAUUUUGUCGAUGGCGAUGGGAGUAGUGUUCAUGUAGUCGAUGGCCAAUACGGUGGAGGAGUGAAUUUUGUCGAUGGAGAUGGCAGUGCCGUUCAUGUAGUCGAUGGCGAUUAUGGGGGAGGAGUCCAUGUAGUCGAUGGACAAUAUGGGGGGGGAGUCAACUUCGUGGAUGGGGAUAGCAGUGUCCAUAUCGUGGAUGGUGAUUACGGAGGCGGUGUCCACGUUGUAGAUGGCAUAAAUUUUGACGCACGUUGAUUUGCUUUUUCUAUCAGCAUCGGAAUUAUAAUCAUCAUCAUCAUCAUCAUUGAAGGUAUCACUAAGGUUAGGGCCUUAUACAUAUUAUUAUUAAAACACCAUGGUUAUUCGAUUAUAGCGCAAUUCAUUACUUACCAAUAAAAAAAGAUUAGAGUUGACUCGGUACCCGAGGUUGUGGACUGUCUUUUAAAGUCAAAAUGAAAACAUUUAUUUCAAUUAAUUCUUUGACACUUUUUGAAACGUUAAAUUGAGUUGUCCGUCAGUUUGUUUGUUAGUAAAACUAGGCGCUCGUUCCAAAGUGUAGCUUCGAAUGGAGAAGAACGAGCAAGAAACCCCAUCGCCGGGUUACAGGGGCUCCUCUUCGAAAAGCAGGAGAAGGAACGGGGUUGUUUUUAGUCAGUAAAGGUCUGACGCUCUCUCUCACCUCGUCCAAGGCGGGAGAAAUUAUUGGAUGAAUUUGCCUCCUUAAUAAAAGGGUUGCCUUAACUAAACCAAGUUUUACAUAACCGCGGACAUUCUGGUCGUCCAACAGUGGUGUAUUAAUAUAAAAUAAGGUAAGGUCCUAAUGCCCGAAUACUCAAACGCUAUUCAAUUUUAAGACGCUCUCAAAUGUAGUUCUGUCACUAUCAAUUCUUUAUAAAAUGACAGAGAUAGCACGAUAUUUAAGUACAAUUUAAAAUUGAAUAGCGAUUGAGUAUUCGGGCAUAAGUCAUUUAAAAAUUAACUGUAAUUUGUAAAUAAAUUCGAUUUUAUACACUUUU